GCGGUGCAUCAUGGGAGUUGUAGUCUACCGCUGCUUCCUGUUCUGUAACUACGGCAGUGAGUUCAGGUCAGUUUCGUGUUUGGAAACGAGAAAAAACUUCAUAACAACAGCCUUGACAGUGAGCAGUGUGUCAUCAGUGCUGAUCCUCGUGAUCUGUCUGUCUGUAGAUGUCUGUGUUCGAGUCGUCUAGCGCCUUCAGCAGGCCCAUCACUGCAGUGGCCUGGGCAUCAAACGCCUCCAGCUGCCCCGCUCAAUUCAUCCUGAUCACUCAGACUGAAGAUGGAGCCUCCGCUAACUUCAUCCGAGGGUUUGCAAUCAAGUCAGGAUACUACCUGAGUUACAGUAAGGAUCUGUCUGGUGGGAUGGUUGUGGCAGAUGUGCAGGUGAUUACGGAUAAAGAGACGAUUCCUCACGGUUACUGCUACAUCCCAGAGUUCCUGGAGCCCAAGGCGUCUGUCGGGAAGAAGAAGCGCAUCUGUGUGCGGAUCGUUCCUGUGGGCAGCGUUGCGACGGCUGUUCUAGAUCUCAAACUGACAGUCAAGAAUAAGAGCAUGGUGCAGCAGUACACCUGCCUGGGGGACAUGAAUGGCUUCGUGGUGUGGUGUUUAAAGGGCCAGUUCUCCACUCCAACUCCUCAGGCCAAGCCGCGCAGUGUCAGUCUGGACAUGCGCAGUCUCUCGCUGGAAGGAACCGGUCCCCCGCAGCCUCUCAAGCCCAGCAACCCUCCUGAAGCCCCACCGAAAUUCAGCCGUCGCCGCAGUAAGCUGGACACACACAACCCGAUGGAGGCGGUGUAUGACAGUGGUAACCACAGCAGCAUCCACGGUCUCACAGCGAUGGAUGGAGUUCCUUUCUCUCUACACCCGAAGUUUGAGUCUCAGUCAAACUCAAAGGUGUCUGUGAGCACGCUGAGUGACAUCCGUAUCAAAUCAGUGCAGGACAUUGAGAACGAGUAUAACUACACGUUUGCGGUGGAGGAACUGGCAGCGAAGAGGAUGUGUCCGUCAGUGAGCGGCUGAAAGCAUUCCUCCCGUCUUCUCGUCGGAUCAGAAUCCCAUUCCGUCAGAUUGGCUCUCAGGCUCUGGUCCAUGAAAUCACACACUUAUUUCUGGUUUAGGAUGACCAAAACUCACACUACUGCUUUUGCAGGGCUGGUUCUGGUUGGUCUCAUUCUCUCUUUUCUCCACCGGGUUGGUUGAACGUGAAGGAUUUUCUGCAUCCAAACACAUUAGGUGCGUGUGUUUCUGCGAAACACUAACCGGCGAAUCAAAGGGCUU